AUGUCCGACUCUCACCACUUCAGUAUGUCGCAGCGCAGCACGCAGUCGUCCAUCUCUGCGUACUUCUCGCAGCAGCCCUCCGCCUCGCCGUCCAAGCUAUCCAAGACCUCGCGGGCAGCCCCAAUAGACCUCACGCUCGACUCAGACGAGGACACGAGCGCGCCCCCUGCAAAGCGACAAAAGACCUCGGGCGGGUCCUUUGACCGGAAGGCGUCCUCGUCACGUCCCCGCCAGGUUGCGACGCCCCCGCCUAAGCGGACGGGCCAGGCGGAGCAGUGGCGCUUCGACCCCGCCUCUCCCACAAAAGAGCGGUCUGCCGUGCCGGAUGGCACGCCCUCGUCGGACGUGGAGGAGGGCGGGGAACAAGAGGAUGCAGAUGGGGACGGAGAGGCGGAGGCGGACCGCAAGUUCGGGAAAGACAGCGACCAAGAAGAGUGUUGGGCUCAAAGUGCUGCGAAGACCAAGAGCCAAAAGGCGGAGGAACUAGGACCGAGCGGCAAACCGUGGACCCCGUUCGAGCUGCAGGUCCGAGAGUUGAAGGCAAAACACCCGGGCACUGUCUUGAUGAUCCAGUCAGGGUACAAGAUGCUGUUCUUCGAAGAAGACGCUAAGAUUGCUUCGAAGGAGCUGGGCAUGGUUUGCUUCCCCAAGCGCAACCUGCUAACGUCCAUGAUCCAAUCCACCGAUGCGACGGCUACAAGGUUGGCGUCGUGGAACAACGGAGACGGCAGCGCUCAAGAAGGCGGCGACAGCCGCAACGAGCUCUUCGCGCGCGAGGUCACCCGCCUCUAUACCGCUGCAACUUUCGUGGACAAUUUGAGCACUUUAGAUGAACUAGACCCGAACAACGCCCCUCCGCUCAUGUGUCUACUUGAAGAACCCCAAGGCGGGAUGGGCACGGACGAGCGGUUUGAGGAUAACCACAUGCGGACCGAGCUAGAAACACGGAUGGUUCACACCAAGCCAUACGAGCUCCUUUUGCCGACCAAGGGAUUGAGCCCUGCGACGGAGAAAAUGAUAAAACAUUUCACCGAACAUUCGCACAUGGAACAUCGUAUUCGAAUAGAACGUUUUCGGAAGCAGAUGGCUUACAGCGACGCGUUCGCCCUUCUGUCGAAGUUCUACACCGAGAAGCACGCCGACGCGUCGGAGAGCUUCAAGAAGGGCGAUCUUAUGGCUGCUGUCGCUGCGUUCUCGAAACUCGUGGUGAUCGCGCUCGGACAGUCGCUCAAAUACCUCAAGACGUUCAACGUCGCGGACGCACUGCGCGAAACACGGUUCUUCGCCAAAUUCACGGAACGGACGCACAUGCUCCUGAACGCCAACACCCUCACGAACCUAGAGAUCUACCGGAACGACACCGACUACACCACGACCGGCUCGCUCAUGUGGAUCCUGGACCGCACGUCGACCCGCUUCGGGGCGCGCCUGCUGCGAAGCUGGGUCGGGAAGCCUCUCGUCGACCCGAACGCGCUCCGGGAGCGCACAGAUGCCGUCGACGAGAUCCUCGCGAACCGCUCCCCGAAGCUCACCCAGCUCCGGGAGGUCCUCCGGCGCCUACCCGAUCUCGCCCGCGGCCUGUGCCGCAUCCAGUACGGGAAGUGCACCCCGCAGGAGCUCGCGACGCUCCUCAAGGCGUUCCGCCGGGUCGCAAGCGCGUUCGCCCCGGCCACCCGAGCCAGCCGCCGCCGCGGAGCCCACGGGCCGAAAGCGAGCCUGCUCGUGCGCGCAUUGGAGGCGCUGCCGCGGCUCAAGGGGCCCGUCGAGGAGCUGUGUGCGGCGGUCAGGUUUGACGCGGCCGCGGAGGGGAAGGAGGACCAGAUGUGGACGGACCCGGACAGGUAUCCGGACCUGGAUGAGGAGACUACGUGGAUACAAGUCGCCGAGUCGGAACUCAAGGACGAGCUGAGUGGUAUCCGCAAGGUGCUCAAGAAGCCUGCGUUGCAGUACACCACCUGGAUGACCGAGGAGUACGUGAUCGAGGUCCGGAAGGACGCGAAGCACGACAUCCCCCCAGACUGGACGCUGCUCUCGAGCACCAAGUACGUCCGCCGGUACCACACCCCCAACGUGCGCGUGAAGCUCCAAGAGCGCGCGCAGCACAAGGAGGCGCUCGCGCUCGCGGCCCGCCGCGCCUUCCGCGCCUUCCUCGCGGAGAUCGCGGACGAGCACUACGCCCUCCUCCGCGACGCGGCGAACCAGCUCGCGGUCGUCGACUGCCUCUUCAGCCUCGCGCAGGUCGCCGCGCAGGAGGGCUACUGCCGCCCGACGUUCGUCGAGCCGGAGGACGCGGACGUGCUCGAGAUCGUCAACGGCCGGCACCCGAUGGUCGAGGCGGUGCGCGCGGACCCGUUCGUGCCCAACUCGGUGCGCAUGGGCGCGGGCCACGCGCGGCACCUCAUCGUCACGGGCCCGAACAUGGGCGGGAAGAGCUCCGUCGUGCGCAUGGCUGCGCUGUGCGCGAUCAUGGCGCAGGUCGGGUCGUACGUCCCCGCGGACUCGAUGCGGCUGAGCCUGCUCGACGGCGUGCUGACCCGGAUGGGAGCGUCCGACGAGCUGUCCCGUGGGCGGUCGACGUUCAUGGUCGAGAUGCAGGAGACGAGCGACAUCCUCCGGAUCGCGAGCCCACGAACGCUCGUCGUCCUCGACGAGCUCGGCCGCGGCACGUCCACGUUCGAUGGGAUGGCGAUCGCCGGCGCGGUGCUCCAGCACCUCGUCCAGACCGCCAAGUGCAAGACACUCUUCAUCACGCACUACCCCCAGGUCGCGACGGACCUCGCGCGCGCGUUCCCCGCCGCGGUCGGCAACGUGCACAUGGGCUUCACGGAGACGGCGCGGCUGAACGGCACCCGGGACGUCACCUUCCUCUACCGGCUCACCCCGGGGCUCGUCCGGGAGUCGUUCGGCGUCGAGUGCGCGCGGCUCGCGGGGCUCCCGGAGGGCGUGCUCGCGGUCGCGGCGGACAAGGCGGCGGGGAUGAAGGCGGUCGUCGAGGAGCGCAUACGGCGCACGAAGUGA